CCUGUUACGCCCUUUGACUCGUGUCAAGACCAAUCCGCCCAACGUAUGUCUAAGAGGACAAACCAUAGGCUAAUUCCACACACAGAAAACUUCCAGUACACAAAAACAACAGAUUAUACGAUAAACUAUGAAUUUAAGAUCAUCAGCAAGAGGAUUUCUAGCUUUCCUUCUUUCACUCCCAGUGCUGAAGGCUGGUUACUGGAUUACUUACCCAUCUAGUAAUGUCUGCGCUCCAAGAGGAUCGACGGUUGACAUCACCUGCCAAUUUGAAUACCCUAAAGCACAGCACGUCGAUACCACAGUCCUGGAGCCACAGUGGUUUCAUAAAAGAGAUGUUGAUGUGCAAAAAGAUACAGACUAUGCUGGUCGUGUUAAAAACAAUUGCUGCAAGCCCAAAUGUAACACGGUCAUUUGUACUGUAGAGUGCACCCUGAGCAUCAUUGACCUGAGACAGAGUGACUCAAGUGAUUACAAGAUCAGGUUAAGAACAUACAAUACAGUAACCGCCGAUAUACUGGAAUAUUUCAGUGACCUUAGAGUGACGCUAUCUGUGACAGGUCUCCAGGUGAAAGUGUCCUUUCCUAUCCGUCCUAACUGGGCAUCCUUGGAAUGUAGCAGUAUGUGUGGUCUAGCUGCAAACCCUAGCUACAUCUGGAUCAGGAAUGGUCAGUCAGCAGGAGAAGGAAUGAAGUACCCUGGCAUUGUUUGGUCUCAUUAUAGCUAUUCAUGUGCUGUUAAAGGAUACGAACAUUUCCCCUCUCCUUCAGUGUAUGCUCCAAAGACCCCCGCAGUGACCGUGAGUCCCUCUGGGGGAAUAGAGGAGGGCAGCUCAGUGACUCUGAGCUGCAGCAGUGAUGCCAACCCAGCAGCUGACUACACCUGGUUCAAACAUGGAGACUCAGUGGGACAAUCAGGACAGAACUACACAAUCACUGAUAUCACAUCUGAGCUUGGAGGAAGCUAUUACUGUCAAGCACAUAAUGCAAUCGGACGUCGUAAUUCCACCCUUUUGUUUAUUAAUGUUACAGAGACAUCCUCAUCACAGAUAACAGCAAUAGCUGGAGGGGCAGUUGCUGUCUUACUGGCCUCCAUACUCCUUCUUGUUACAUUCCUCUGGAUGAGAAGAAAGAAGGCCUCCAGAAAAGCAUCUGGAAUGGGAACAGAUACCGUAGAUGAGCCAAUUCCUUUUCCUGUGUAUGACAACGUCUUAGCUCUGACCAAUCGCUCAGCUCCUGCAGCACAGAUAGAACCAAUAGAACAGCAGGAUGACCUUCACUAUGCCAGCAUCAACAUCUCUCACCCAGAGAAUCAGGAAGGGCCUCGCUGUGUGGCUGGCUCCCGUGUCCAAUCAGAUAAGAUCGAGGAGGUCCUUUACUCUGUGGUCAAGGCCAAUGCUGUCCCUGAGUAUGUGAUCUGACAGAGACAGAAGGAACCUCAGAGUUGUACAGAACCGUCAAAUAACACCCUAGACUUUGAUCCACUGAGCAGCAGGAUUUAUAAGGAUAAAGAAUAACUUAUUCUGUUUAAACAGGACACUACGCUGGCUGAGGGUUUGCUGGAUAUACCUAAAAGUGCAUGCAAAUGCAAAUGAAAAUACAUUUGAUUAAGUGCAUUACACACAAAUACAGAUUGUAUGCAACGGUGAAACCGGAUUGAAUCAAAUGUAGUUUAGUCUGAACUGGGUUCGAAAAACCAUCAAAUCCACAGGUAUACCACCAAUGUGGCUCAUAGCGUCGGAAUAUCAUUCACCAUCUAGGCUCCGUCCUUUGUAAAAUGUGUUUGGCUGUAUGAACCUAAACUAAUCAGAUGAUAAGACACGUGACCUAGCUGCUGUAAAUAUUUUGUAUACAGUGAUCAGAAGCCAUAUUGGCAUUGCAGCUAGCUAACUGCUUAUGUGUAAUAUCAUAAAACCGUAUCUGAAUGUUACCCGAGAAUGUCUAUUAGUAAGAGAAUUGGCACUCUCUGGUAACUUCCGGUUUCUGAACUGGUUGCGGUAAUAAUAAAAAUAAUACAUUUAA